AUGUUCUUACAUCUUUACGGAAUUGGCUAUUCCAUAUUUCGAAGACUAAGAGAACAUUAUCAGGAACACAGUAUUUAUCCAAGAACUCAUGGAAACACCAAACGAGUGCCUAAAAGCGCAACUUCCAAAAAAUCGCUUGAGGCUGUUCAUGCAUUUAUUGACAAUUAUGUUGAAGAAAAUGCGAUCGUGCUUCCUGGAAGGUUCCCGGGAUUUAAAAGUGAAGAGAUGAGGCUCUUGUCUUCAUUGGAAACAAAGAUGAGCGUUUGGAGGGAGCACGAGAAAACUUGUGGUGUUUUAAACGAGAGGCGUAAGUUACAAGAAAUUCUUACAGCUGUGGGACGAAUUUUAUCCUGACGUGGUCAUCUCUAAACCCAUGAUGUAUCUUUGUUUAACGUGUCAGCAAAACACGACGAAACUGCAGCGAGCUGCUAACCUCUCAGAUGAAGAAAAAUCAGAUUGUGUAAAGGCUCACCAGGAACAUUUGGACAUUGCACAAAGCAAGAGAGAAUGUUACAGGAACCCUGGUAAGGAAUGCGAGAGAUUUCUUCAAACAAUUGACACUAAUACUCUGCUGAUCUGUGAAACCCGAGGGGCCUGUUCUUUAAAUGCAUCAAUACAUUACUCAUGA